ACGCGCCGAGCUAGACCGGAGGUUCAGCAGGAGCGAAGAAGAAGUCAUGCUAACAGUUAGCAGCUAGCUGUUUCCAUCAUGGCGGACCUGAACCGGCAACUGCAGGAGUAUCUGUCUCAGUCCAAAGCCACUAAGACAGUCUCCCAGUCCGGCCCCAGCACCGCAGUGGACCUGGGCGACCCGGAGCCGGUACCGGGGAGCUGGUUCGGUCGGUGGUCCAGUCCGUGGCCCAGCAGUUCGUCCAGCCAGAGCUCCGGCGGAAACAGCGGUUUCUCCUGGCCGUGGUCGGCUGAGCCGGACCCUUGCCUGCCGGGCAUGAGCCGGCGGCAGCGGCUGGUGGCCUUCGGUGUUUGCGUGUCGUUCUCCGCGCUGUGCUUCGGUCUGUCGGCGCUCUACGCGCCGCUGCUGCUGCUCUACGCCCGCAAGUUCGCGCUGCUCUGGUCGCUCGGCUCGCUGUUUGCCAUCGCGGCGGCGGCGGUGCUGCGGGGCCCCAGCAGACUGGCCGCCGGUCUGCCCACCUCCCCCGGAGCCGCCGUGUACCUGUGUGCCCUCGGAGGGACCCUGUACGCGGCGCUCAGCCUCCACAGCACCGCGCUAACGGCGCUGGGCGCCGCCCUGCAGGUCGCCGUCAUCGCCGGCUGCCUGGUGUCGCUGCUUCCCGGAGGGAGCGCCGGGAUCCGCUUCAUGGGCGGGAUGGCGGCGUCCGCUAUCAAAAGGACCGUCACCGGGAAAACCAUGCCGAUCUGACCGGGACAGAGAGCCGGAGACCGGCAGGUCUCACAGCCAAAGCAGGGGCCGGAGCCCCGGUCAGAUAGCAGCUGGACUGAGUGUCAUUCCUCUGCAGACACAUGAUUAUUGAUUAUCAGCUGCUCAUAUUGAUCAGACAUGGAGGAAAACAAACCCUGAACGUGACCUGCAGGGCCGACAGACUGCUGAAGUUCUCUGAGGACCAAAUCAGUGUGAAACAGUUUGAGCUGCAGACAGGUGAUGUGUUCAGGUGUGAUGUGGGAGCUCAGUCAUUAAACACACUGUUAAACACGG